UUUAUUUUUUAUUUUUUAUUUUUAAAACACAAUCUUCUCUUCUUCUUCCUCAUCGGUUUCUCACUGAAAACAAAACAAGAGAAAGAGAGAUCAAAAGCAUUUCACACACUCACUCACUUUUCGAUUUUCAUUCUCUCAUUCACGAAACCGCUUCUCAGCGAUUAAGCGUAAGGGAAAAGAUAACCCGGUUUAUGUGCGCGCUGAAUGAGAGUUUCCGUUUUUGCUGAACCCGAAGAAGCUUGUUCUCAGAGACAUGGCUAUGCUCCGAAAAUUGUUCUUUCGAAAACCCCCCGAUGGCCUUCUCGAGAUCUGUGAACGAGUCUAUGUAUUUGAUUGCUGCUUCACCACUGAUGCUUGGAGCGAAGAGAAUUACAAAGUUUACAUUGAUGGUAUAGUUGGUCAUCUUAGGGAGAACUUGCAAGAUGCUUCAAUUCUUGUUUUCAAUUUCAGAGAGGAAGACACCAAGAGCGUUAUGGCAGACAUAUUAUCUGAGUAUGACAUUACUAUUAUGGACUAUCCGCGGCACUACGAGGGUUGUCCUGUGCUCAAGAUGGAGCUCAUUCACCAUUUCUUAAGGUCUGGUGAGAGUUGGCUCUCUCUUGGGCAGCACAAUGUGUUGUUAAUGCAUUGUGAGCGCGGAGGUUGGCCUGUUUUGGCCUUUAUGCUAGCUGCAUUGUUGAUUUUUCGGAAGCUUUAUACUGGGGAGCAACGGACUUUGGAUAUGGUGUAUAAGCAGUCUCCCCGCGAGCUUUUACAUUUGCUGACACCCUUGAAUCCGAUCCCUUCGCAGCUGAGGUAUCUGCAGUAUGUUUCAAGAAGGAAUGUGGCCAUAGAUUGGCCACCGUUGGACAGGGCGCUCAUGUUGGACUGCAUCAUCCUUAGAUUCAUCCCCAAUUUCGAUGGAGAAGGAGGCUGCCAUCCCUUGUUUAGAAUUUAUGGGCAGGACCCUUUUAGUGGAGACAAGAAUCCGAAAAUGUUGUACUCAACGCCCAAGAGAAGCAAGAAUAUCCGGUGUUACAAGCAGGGAGAGAGUGAACUAAUUAAGAUUGAUAUCAGUUGCCAUAUUCAAGGUGAUGUUGUGGUUGAGAGCACUAACUUGAACGCUGAUAUGGAGCAAGAAAUGAUGAUGUUCCGAGUAAUGUUCAACACUGCUUUUGUUAGAUCUAAUAUUAUGAUGCUUAACCGGGAUGAAGUUGACAUUUUAUGGGAUGGUAAAGAUCACUUUCCAAAGGAUUUCAGAGCCGAGAUCCUUUUCUCAGAAAUGGAUGCUGCUGCAGCUGUUAUGGUGGAUCGCACCUCAUGCUUUGAGGAGAAGGAAGGACUGCCAGUGGAAGCAUUUGCCAAGGUUCAAGAGAUUUUUAACUAUGUGGACUGGUUGGACCCCAAUGCAGAUGCUGCACUAAAUGUUCUCCAACAGAUGACUGCUUCGGCUAUCAUUAACGACAAGUUGGAUACAGUUUCUGAUCAGCAUGGAGAAAUGGGCACAAUGCCUCAGGGGAAAAUGAGUAAGCAAUCCCCGGAAAAUGAGAAGAGUAAAAAAGGUGACAUGGCCAGCAAAGUUGAUGCUACUCCAAAGGCAUCUGAUAUUUCUUAUUUGCCUGGUUCUAUGGAUGCUUCUUUUUCCCCAGAAACACCUCCUUUACGGCCUGCCCGAACUAGAUUAGGCAAAGCAUUUCAUGAUUCUCUUCCCCAUACAGAAGUCAGUCAUCAACUUAUUGAUGAAACUGAAGCCCAAUUACAAGAUAGAAGUCCGUCAUCUAUUUCUAGGUUUGCACCUGAGAGUCAAUCGUCACCUACCUCUUGUAGUAAGUCACCAACUGAUACCAUCACCCUGGCUUCAAAUUCAGGUAUUACUUCAGUUCAGCCACCCCCUGCACUUUCUCCCAGAACACCGUUGAAGGAGAUUCCACCUGUAAAAACAAGACUCGAGUCAUUCUCACCGCCUCCACCCCCUCUUCCUCCUACUCCUCCUCCAAAGGAUCAUAAACCAGCUAUAGUUAGAUCUCCUCCACCUCCGCCACGUCCUUCAAAUAACGAUCUACAUGUUAUAGAAGGAGCCCCUCCUCCAGCAUCACCUGCUUUAAAGGAAGAGCCACAGAUAAAAGCUAGACACCCUCCUCCUCCUCCUCCUCCUCCUCCGCCUCCUGCAAAGGAUGAUUCACAGGUUAGAGCUAGAUCCCCUCCACCACUGCCACCUCCUUGUCUCUCUGUCAAAGCUGAAGCUCCUAGUACACCAUCAGCAGCACCACCGCCGCCGCCGCCACCGCCACCAUCUGCAUCAUUUCCCUCCAAUAAGCCUAAUCCUUCUGUCCCAGCUGCUCCUCCACCUCCUUCUGCACCAGCUGCCCCUCCACCUCCUUCUGCACCAACUGCUCCACGACCUCCUUCUGCACCAGCUGCUCCACCACCUCCUGCUCCCUUUGGCAAAGGAGGUUCAAACCCAAGCAAUGGUUUUCCAGGGUCUCUUUCGGAUGGGUCCGGCUCAAAGGGACGGAUUCUGUCACGUACUAUUAGUUCAAAGAAUAAUGGCAAAAAGCUGAAGCCAUUGCACUGGUUGAAACUAUCUAGGGCGGUGCAAGGAAGUUUGUGGGCUGAGACACAGAAAUCGGGUGAAGCUUCCAAAGCCCCAGAGAUUGACAUGUCAGAGCUUGAGAGUCUCUUCUCAGCAGCAGCCCCAAGUUCAGGUUCAACCAAGAAAUCAAAUUCCCAAAGCUCAGUUGGGCCUAAAUCUGAUAAAGUGCAGCUGAUUGAGCAUAGGCGAGCAUACAAUUGUGAAAUCAUGCUUUCAAAAGUGAAGGUGCCAUUGCAUGAAUUAAUGAGCUCAGUGCUAGCACUGGAAGAGUCAGCACUAGACAUUGAUCAGGUUGAGAAUAUCAUAAAGUUUUGUCCUACGAAAGAAGAGAUGGAAUUACUUAAGGGUUAUACAGGGGAAAAGGAGAAGUUAGGGAGGUGUGAACAGUUCUUCUUAGAGUUGAUGCAAGUACCACGGGUAGAAUCCAAGCUCAGAGUUUUUUCAUUCAAAAUUCAGUUCCAAACUCAGGUUGCUGACCUUAGAAAUAACCUGAAUGUUGUGAAUGCUGCAGCAGAUGAGAUCAGAGGUUCUGUCAAAUUUAAGAGAGUUAUGCAAACCAUACUUUCCCUGGGCAAUGCUUUGAACCAGGGAACUGCCAGGGGCUCUGCCAUUGGAUUCAGAUUGGAUAGUCUUCUGAAGCUUACUGAAACACGUGCACGGAACAAGAAGAUGACUCUCAUGCAUUAUCUUUGCAAGGUGCUGUCUGAUAAACUACCAGAAGUUUUAGACUUCUCCAAGGAUGUUGCUAACCUAGAGCCAGCAGCAAAGAUCCAAUUGAAGAUUCUGGCAGAGGAGAUGCAAGCUAUAAGCAAAGGAUUAGAGAAAGUUGUGCAGGAAUUAUCGAUCUCUGAAAAUGAUGGUCCGAUGUCAGAGACUUUCCGCAAGAAUUUGAAAGGGUUCCUCUCUCAUGCUGAAGCUGAAGUCCGUUCAUUGGCUUCACUAUAUUCUCGCGUGGUAGGCUUUCGUGGAUGUAUCUGUAUGUCUUUGAAGUUUAGACCAUAUAUAGGCAAUGCUUUACUUGGAUAUUUAUAUUUUAUAGGGUAGGAUUUUUAUUCUUUUACUUUGAUUCUGUUAUCCAUACGUUUAGUUUUGUUUAGUUUUGCCUGCUACGGCUUGUGAUAAUUUUGAAACUUCUGCAGUUGUCAAUACUCUGCUCAACUUCACUGGAAUGUUUAACAAAGCACAUGAAGAGAACAGCAAGCAGCUAGAGCUUGAAAUGAAGAAAACAGCAGACGGUGACAAAAAGAAGUGUGAACAAGAAAAGAUAAUACCAGCAGCAAUCCGGACCGGCAACGUCCAAUGAGUGGUAAUUGGAUGUAACACUAGCUUCAACAAUCAGAAACCACUAAGCAUGACUAGCAAUUUGAUCGGAGAAAAAUGGUUUCAUGAUUUUGGGAGUGCAUGUAUAGUGACACAGCACUUUUAGCUCUGACAUUGAGAACCAGAACAUGGAUAGAACUACAUAUAGCACUGCAAAGGCGAGGUAACUUUUCAUGACCAACUCACUUUGGUUGUACAUUCUUUUCUCAUCAUCAUCUUACUCUAGUUGUUUUUGGUUCAUAAAUAUCCUACACCAGAGACGGUAGAGUUUGCAUGAGUUGUGUUAUUUUGCCAUGCAACUGUAUAUAUUUUUUCCUCUCCGCUCUGAAAUUAUUCAUGUUUGUGCCCUUCACCCACCGCUAGCAAGACUGCUUUUCCAUCUGUAAUGCCAUAGCAUGUAUUAUCAUAUAAAUAAGAUUUAAUUUUGAGUUAGGUGAGAAAAUAUAGACUAUAGAGGGUGAAAAUUUAUGCAGUGGGUUAAUCAAUUCUUCAAUAUUAAAUUAUUGGCAAGCCAAUAAUUGGAGUCUAUUGCGGUGGCCAGUGGCUUCAUCACCGAGCAUGAUUUAAUUUGUCCACAUUAUCAUCGAUGAACUAUAUAUUAGCAUUUUCAACCUA